AGACCUCCCCGGUCCUAGAGCGGAGCAGGAAGUGUCCCAGGGGAGGGAGCCGGAGGGCUCCGGCCUUUCCUUUCCUGCGCGGCCGGCGGGCUCCGGCGGCGGCCAGGCCUGCGCGGCCCGCCAACGGGGACGCGCCGCGGCGGCGCCUCCAUUUGCCCCCGCGUCUUCCGUCCCGAGCCGAGCCGGUUUCCCGCAGGAGCAGGGGACGCGGAGUCGGACGCCUGCGGAGACUGUGCCGCGGGAGGACCCCGAGGAGCGGGCUGGAAGGAUGAGGAGCGGCUGCCCGGGCCUUGCGCCGCAGCGGGGGGGGGCCGAGUCGGCCGCCGGGAAGGCGCUCCAGGCGGUGAGGUGCGCAGCUGCCGGCCGAGCCGCGGGCGGGCGCGAGAGUGCGGGCAGGGCGGCGGGACCGAGGGGCGAGGGGCGCGUGCCCGCUGCCCUGCCCGGUCUGCCACCCCUCUCCCAAGCCUGCGCGGCUCGGUUCCCGCCGGACCUGCGUGAGGCCCGCCCCGCCCCCGACGGGGACCCCCCGGGGCUCGCGUUGGCUCAUUCAUCCGGCGCUGCCCGGGAGCCGCCUCCGUGUCAGGUGCCGGGGCGACAAAGACGAGCGCGCUGUCCGGUUGGGGGCUGAUCCGCAGAGCGCGGCGCGGGCUGCCCCACGCGCACCGCGUGCGGAGGCUGGGGCGCGGCGCCCACCGCGGGGGAGACUUCAGGAACCCUGCGGCCCCGCAGGUGUGUGACGGCCGCUCCGGGGAAGGGGGCCCGUGCGGCCGAGCGUGGGUUCCAGAUGCCCGAGAAGACGCCGGAGGAACUCGGUGGUGGGGCAGGCAGCGAUGUGUGCCCCAGACGUCCCCAGCUACCGGAUGCCGGUCUGUGUGCGCACGUUGGAAGGCGGAGAGGUGCACACACUGCGGCUAGGCGGCCGCUCCGGGUGGUUCUGGUGCCCCUUCGGCCUCACUUGGCUUCCUGUGAAAUGGGAAUGAGGCCCGCAACCUGCCUGGGCCCAUGGGGGCGCACUGUGCUGUAGAUCAAGGUGUGGCCUCCGGGGCCUCGUCCCGCCCGCGUGUCCAGGAUCUCCGAGGCCUGGGGACGAGCUGUGGGCCCCUACUGGGCCUCAGCCCCAGCCCCGCCCACAGUGUGGGUGGUGUCUCCUACUCUCCAUCGCCACGAGUGUUGUCCGGGGCGGCGGUGGCCCCCUGAGCCUCACCUAGAGAGGCGGGGUUGUACCCUGAGCUCCACCUCUGACCUUCCUGAGGAAGGGCAGGAGGUGUGCACAGUGGCCAGCCUCCUGGUUUGAAGAUGACAAGGGUGGAGGCGAGGUUGAAGGUCAAGGCAUACGCUUACCCGCCAGACUUUGAAGUGAGCUGGAGGCAGGUCUGAAGGCGCUGAGGAUUUUGAAUAGGAGUGCUCUCCUCUGCUCAUUUUGUAAAAAUCCCAAGGCCAAGGACGGUGAUUCUGGUUCAGAAGCCUCAAGAUAGCAGCCUGCUGGGUGGUCCGCCUCGGGCCCUGUCCUGGAGGCCCUGCCCCGAAGGGACCUCUUCUGCAGCUGACCCCAUCAAACCCCGUCAUGCCCACAGCCCUGUGCCCCCGAGUCUUGGCUCCAAAGGAAAGCGAGGCGCCCCGGAAAAUGAGGAGCCCACCGGGAGAAAACCUCAGCCCCCCAGGGGAGCUCCCCAGCCCCGAGUCCUCCCGCCGCCUGUUUCGCCGGUUCCGCUACCAGGAGGCCGCGGGCCCCCGGGAGGCCCUGCGCCGCCUGGGCGACCUGUGCCGCGGCUGGCUGAGGCCCGAGCGGCACACCAGGGAGCAGAUCCUGGAGCUGCUGGUGCUGGAGCAGUUCCUGGCCAUCCUGCCCCGGGAGGUCCAGGGCUGGGUGCGGGCGCAGGAGCCCGAGAACAGCGAUCAGGCCGUGGCCGCUGUGGAGGCCUUGGAACGGGAGCCGGGGCGACCCUGGCAGUGGCUCAAGCACUGUGAAGACCCUGUGGUGAUAGACGAUGGGGACAGCUCCCCAGACCAGGAGCAGGAGCGGCUGCUGGCAGAACCCCAGGGUGACUUCGUGAAGAGCCAGGACGUACAGCCCCUGGCCCUGGGUCAGGGACUCCCAAGCCGACCACCAGGGCUGCUCGGUGCGGACCCAGUUCCAGCAGACGCAUCCCUUCUUCAGGACAUGAGUCUGAGGGAUGCACAGCAGGUGACCGCCCUCCAGCUGCUUCCGAACCGGGCUUCUCCUUUCAAGGACAUGAUCUUCUGCUUCUCAGAAGAGGACUGGUCCCUUCUAGACCCUGCCCAGACUGGCUUCUAUGGAGAGUUCAUCAUUGGGGAGGACUGUGGGGUCUCCUUGCCCUCGAAUGAUGUAGCCGCCCCACUGGCUCUCUGCCAGAGCGAGGAGAAUGAGCCCCAGGCUCCAGAACUGCAGGACCUCCAGGGGAAGGAAGCACCCCAGGUCUCCUACUUGGACAUUCCAAGUCUCCAGCCAUUCCCAGGAGAAGAAAAAAGAAAACGGGAUGAGGUGCAGGUGCCAGAGUUCCAGGCCUGCCCACAGACAGUGCUCACUCAGAGCACCUGCCCCGCCGGAAGCGCCAAGCCGGCCCCGGGAAACAGCCUAGACGAGGAGGUGACCAUUGAGAUCGUGCUGUCCAGCUCCGGGGAUGAGGACUCCCAGCUCGGCCCCUACUGCGCCAAUGAGGCGGGUGGGCACCCCACCCUGCGCCGGGGAGCUGAGGCGGGAGGCGACGGGCAGGCCACGUCCAAGAAGUACGUGUGCCCGAACUGCGGCAAGAUCUUCCGCUGGAGAGUCAACUUCGUGCGGCACCUGCGGAGCCGCCGUGAGCAGAAGCACGAGUGCUCGGUGUGCGGGGAGCUGUUCAGCGACAGUGAGGACCUGGACGGGCACCUGGAGACGCACGAGGCCGCGAAGCCUCACCGGUGUGGCGCCUGCGGGCGGAGCUUCCGCCUGCACGCGCACCUGCUGUCCCAUCGGCGGAUGCACCUGCCGUCGGACGCGCGCGAGCAGCUGAGGCGCAGGGAGUCUGCAGCCGGGCCGCGCGGCGGGAGCCCUGGGCUGCGAGCCAAAGGCAAGGCCGCCCUGCACCUGCAGUGUUGCGACUGCGGAAAGGCCUUUCAGCGGCCCUACCACCUGGCGCGGCACCGCAGCAGCCUGCACUCCAAGGGCAAGGCCCGUCCCUUCCAGUGCCGCUACUGCGCCAAGAGCUUUCUGCAGAACUACGACCUCCUCCGUCAUGAGCGCCUGCACAUGAAGCGCCGCUCCAAGCAGGCCCUCAACUCCUACUGAGCCGGGCCUGGGGCGCAGGUGCAGCCCAGCCACAGCCCAGGACAGACUGGACUGCACCUCCUGCCCCUGCCAGGAUCUCAGGUAGUGAGAGGGUGGCCACCUGAGCGUUGUUCUGUCUGCUGUGCCAAAAAAUGGCGGUGUGUCACCUCCAGCAUGGAACCUCCCACAUACCGCGUCUUCGGGACUUCGGAACCCAGCCCCGUGCUUCCCAAACGAGCGAUGCUGGGCCACCCCCACUGCAGUGACCAUGGAGGUCUGUCCCUUGCCGACCGACCUUGGAUACACCCCCAUCCCGCCCUGUCUGACCCCCCAGCCAUCCUAAGGUUCAGGGUUUUCGUAUCUGACAGUAGGAAGCUGCAGGUGGUGCCGGGCUAGGAGGGGACAGUGAGACAGGGCUGUGGGCAUCACGGAGCUGGGCUGAGCCCACCAAGCCAUGUAUGUCGUCACAAGCUUGAGGCCCCAGCCCUGGCCCCCAGAGACAUCCUGCAGUUACAGGGCAGCCUGUUCAGGCUCGGAAGCCUUGAGGGGGAGCUUUCCAGCUCCUCACAGAAGAGAAACUAGUACCCUUUUGUUUGUGAUGGCAGCUGGUAUUAGGGAAUAUGGGCCAACCAGGGCAAGCCCCCCUUUUAAACCUGGUUGCACACCAUCCCCAAGCAUCAUGUCUUUGACCCUGAGGGUCACUGGUAAAUGGUUGUGGGGCAGCGAAGUCAUCGGCACUUGAAAGGCACUUAACGUUCCCCUUCCUGUUCUGUGGUGCCCAGGAAUGGGGGGAUUAGCUCCCAUGGGGAUGUCCCUUGUCUGGAAUAGCUGAGCAGGGGAAAUGGGGCCUUUCAGGAAGUCAUGCUCUGUGCAGGUGGCAUUAAAGUAGCCUGCUGGGUGUAUUCCUUUGCUAAGGUUGCUGUAAGAGCUGGGAGGCCUAGAGCAGGAAUGUAGGUCAGUUCUGGAGUCCAGACCGCCAGGAUGAGCUGUGAGCAGGGUUGGUUCCUCGGGAGGCAGGCUCUGUCCCAGGCCCCCCAGCUUCUGUGUGUGGUCGCAGUCAGGGAUAUUUCUUGGUUUGUAGCGGCGUCUCCCCAGCUGCCUUCUUCUUCACGAGGUGUUCUCCCUAUGUGCUUGUCUGCCUCUUGUAAGGGCAGGAGUCACACUGGGUUAAGGGCUACCUUUGUUUCCAUCUAAAUUAUAUCCGCAGGGACCCUGUUUCCAAAGGUCAUAUGCUGCUGUAUGUGGGGUUGGCCUUAAACUGGGGGGGAGUGGGGAGACACAAGCCAGCCGCCAGCAUGACAGCCCCAUGGCGCUGUGUUCACUGCCUGGUCACAGGCAAGCCAACACAAAUGAGGUGGCUAGCCCUCAACCCUGUGGGAAGUGCUGUUCAGACCCAAGCUGCUUGCAGGGUGGGUGUCCUCUGCACUGUAGCCUCAAGGCUGUAGCCUGGGACUCUGGCCAGGGUCGACUGUUGGUGGUGAGACCUCAGUUGAUGGAAGCCGCGGUGUUGUUCUGGGAAGACUGGCAACGACCGCUGGGCCCGGUGGAGGGACGGCAGGUGCUGUAAGUGGCUGAGUGUGUCAGGCACUGUUUGUGUGUGGGUCCCACCAGCAGCCAGUAGGCUGGGUGAGUGAACACAGCGCCUGUUGCCCCUUGUCAUCCACUUCACUGUCACACUGACGCCCCUGCCCCACACCCAGUGAAAAUUACAACCCGUAGUCACGAUUGCUGUCUGGAUGUGUGACACACCCAGGAACAGAAAAUGUGGGAUAACCACUGGGCCAUACCCAGAACAAGCAAUAAACUACUGGGGCUGCUCAUUUUUUAAAUAGUUUGCCUCUUGUACUGAUCUGCCAGGAAGAGGGAGAAAUUAAAUCUAUAAGGCCAAGAUGGGAAAAUUCCAAAUAGAAGCCAGACUGUGUGCUCUUGUCGGGGACCCAUUAGUGAUGAGGUUAUUAACUCAUCUGCCAGACAGUUGUCUUCAAGAACGUCACUCUACUUACUGGUGUAUUUUAUGUGUAAAAUCAGAUUAUGAGAAAGAUGCAAAGGGAAUGUGGUGAGCUGAAGCCCACAGGUGGGCUGUGUGCCUCGGUGCUGUGCGGGAGCUGCCAUCGUCCCUGGAUCAGGAGCCCCCUGGGUGAUGUGGCUCAAAUCCCAGGCCCCUCCCCUGCAGGAGAAGCCAGUGGGGGUACCUGCCCUGGGGAGAGUUUAGGUAACUAGAGAGCUGGUCCCUCCCGGGGGACUGGGCAGGCGGGUGAGUGGGGUCUCUGCCUCACUGAGGAGGCUCAGAAAUCCCACAUCUGAGAGGUGUCUGUCCCCCGUUUCUCUGAACCCUGGACAUUGUUCCCACAAACUCACAGGUGCAUAAUAAAAAUUCACUUGCUGAACUAA